UAGUGGGGGAAGUAGGUGCUUAUCAGAGUGUGUUAUAGUAGCCGGUUGAUAAGUGAAAUUGUGAGUGACUGGAUUUUUUUGGGGGUAAAAUAAUAACGGUUGGAAAUUCCUUGGAAUUUAUGACCCAAGUUUUUUUCACAAAUUUUUACCAAAAUUACAAUUUUUUAAGAAAUACCUAAAAGUUUCUUGUUGCAAUUCUGGAAUCAAUUAAUCUAACUUAUAAAGUGGACUCCGAUUUGUGCAAAAUUUCUGAAACGAUAUGAAAUAUGUGCAAAUCUCAAAUACAAUAAUUUCUGCUGUAAAAAAAUAAAUUAAAGUGAAUCUAAAAUAAUGGGUGUCUUACUGCAAAACGUGCGCCAAGGACUGAACCUCUUAUUUACGCCGGUGCUCUAUUACGGCGUCAUGGCCAGUGUCGCGUUACAAUUGGCAACCUGGGAAAAAGGGGACAGAACGCAGGACAAGUUUCAAGACCAGUAUCAAAAUCAGGGCGACAAGUUCGACUUUAUUAUAGUCGGUGGCGGAACAGCAGGAAGUGUUUUGGCAAAUCGAUUAUCUCAACAGUACAACAUUCUUCUCCUCGAAGCAGGCGGGGAACCAAGUCCGCUCCAAUUUGUGCCAGGAUUUGCACGUGCAAUUGUCAACCACCCACAGGUUGACUGGAGCUAUAUGACUGUCGCACAAAAAAAGGCGUGCGCCUUCUCACCGCUACGCAGAUCAACCUGGUCUUCCGGUCGUACCCUGGGUGGGAGUGGGUCACUUGAUUUCUUAACUUAUUUACGCGGAAAUCCAGAAGAUUUCAAUAAUUGGGGGAGAAUUACGGGCGACCCAUCCUGGAAAUAUGACAAUCUUUUGAAACAUUUCCAGAAAGCGGAGGACCUCGUGGCAAAUUCGACAGAUCCCGGCGCUCACCGACACGGUGGAACACUCCGGAUCCAGAAAUCGGACUAUCUACCUCUCGGAAAACAAUUUUUAUCUGCGGCGGAGGAACUUGGAUAUUAAAGUGUGGAUUUGAACGGGCAUUUUACCGAAGGUUUCGACUAUGUGUACUCAACAAUUAAAAAGGGAGAACGACAAGCACCUCUGAAAGCGUUUCUGGAUCCGGUCGGGAAACGAAAGUCGUUGACCAUUCGGAAAUUCGCGGUUGUUUCGAAGGCAAGAAAUUCAAAAAGUCGUGAUCGGUUUAAAAAUUCUAAUAAUUCCCAUAAACUAUUUCACCCAAUAUUUUUUAACA